AUGUCGCGGAAGCGGUUGCGAACCGAAGACACUGAUCAAACGGAUCAGACGCCUACAGAAGCAGUCAAUGAUAAUAUGCCUUUACUUCCCAGACGUCUUGAGUUGUCUAUUCUUGGUGGGAGACCAGUGAACGAUCUUGUAAAAGUAGUUAGCGAUUUUCUGUACAAAUAUAUAAAUGAGCCCAAUAUAGAGAUUGAAGCCAAGUUAGGUGUUCUCAUAGAUAAGAACACCAAAAAUCGAUUAUUCUUACCUGUAGCUUGUGAGGCCGUCAUUGACCCAAAUGAUAGUCUUAAUUCGCGGCUCACCUUUUCGAGCGAUAUGACACUGGAGCAGCACAAAAGUUUUAACGAAAUACUGAAUAAGAGAUUUUCAGAGACACACGAUAGAAACUAUCAGGGAGCUAGGAUGACGUAUAUCCAUACAAAAGAUACGGACAGGUUCUACAACAUAGAAAGAGGUGGGCGAGUACGGGUUACUACGCGUAAAGGGCAGGUUAUAGAAAACGGUAUAGUCGAAAAGAGUCGCUUGGCUAAUCUUAACAUUUUCUCGCCAAGAACGCGUCUUGAUUAUAGAAUAACAGUGAAUAUUGAGACGCCAAGAGAACUGCCAACUGGACGGCAUCACUACGAGCGUAUCAAAGAUCGGAUGAGCUACACUCACCAAAUAUUUAAAUUUGAUUUGACGCAAGUGACAAUUCCAGAGACUAAAAAUGCGAGCGGACGAGAUCCAAGGUCUAAUAAGGAGUUGACUCACGAGUUGGAGAUAGAGUUCAUCGAUCCACGAGUACUAUUGAUAGAAAGACAGAAUUUUGAGAAAAAGCGGCCUGAUAGGUUCAUUGAGAUCGUCGAAAUAUUUUUGAAUAAUAUCCAGCAAUUGGUACAGUAUGCGGGAUAA